UUAUCCACCAUGUUUUGAUGUUCUUUUUCUCUAAAUUUUAGGUUCCUACUUGUCUAUCCAAUAUAACUUAGACCACAAGUAUAUGAAAUUUUAUAUAUACCACAUUUAUCCUUUCAAUUUUAUAAUUAAUUGUUCGCGCAUAUCCACUACCCGGAUGGAAAUUGGAUAGAGAUGAGAUUUCGCAGCGUACUUUCGAACAGUUGAGUGGCUGUGUUCGGCUACUUAGGUAUUUUGGUAGAGUAAUACAAAUACAGAUUUUACUGUGAUCCAUCGAAGAGAAGUAUAUAAUUCAUUCAUAAGUUCGAGAUAAAUUACUCGUAAUCUAUCGCUUGUGUCAAAUGAAGGUUUGUUUUACUUUUAGCUAUACUUGUAGUAGUUUGUGACAACUUCAUUGACGAAAAUCAUGUAAUAAAUUAAAAAUAAUCUGGACAAAAUGGCCACAGCAGGUAAUGGGUUAAUUGGUGAUUCCUCAAUAGCAGGGAAGUGGAACAACUGCCCUUAGACCCACUGUAAAUCAAUUGGAAUAUUUGGGAUGUAUAACCAGGUGAUGUUACCUGCAGUUAUCAUACCAAUAACCCUGUUAAUGAAUCAUUAUGGAUCUAAAUGACUUGUUCCUUAGUUGUAGAAAAGGAGAUCUUAGUCAAAUCAAAUACCUGGUAGAACAAAAAGAUGUUGAACUGAAUACCAGAGAUAAGUGGGACAGCACGCCUUUAUAUUAUGCAUGUUUGUGUGGACAUCUGGAGGUUGUCAAAUACCUUCUAGAAAAUGGUGCACGAUGUGAAACUAACACAUUUGAUGGAGAAAGAUGUUUGUAUGGAGCUUUGAAUACAGAAAUUAGAAACAUUCUGAAAAACUACAGAGUGGUGACUAAAUAUUUGAUGAGGAGGGACAGCUAUUAUGAAUUUUUAAGACGAUGUCUAGAAGAUGGUGAUUAUUAUGAUGUCACCUUUGUAGUACAUCAAGAAACCUUCUUUGCUCAUCGUUGUAUUCUGUCAGUUCGUUGUGAGUAUUUCAAUGACAUGUUUCUCAGUAAAUGGAAGAAUCGCAAGUGCAUUUACAUUACUCAUCCAAUGGUCAAAAGCAGUGCCUUCAGGGCAGUUCUUCAGUAUCUAUACACUGGAAGACUUGAAACACCUAUUGACCAAAUUGAGGAUUGCAUCAUAUUGGCUAAGCAGUGUAAAAUAUUAGAACUAAUUGAAAAAAUCAAAGAAGCUAUGAAGAAAGUAAAAUCUUUUGAAUGCACAAAACCAGGAACUAAUGUUACUACAAUCUUGAUAGAGCCUGAUAUAGACUCUUCAGAUCUCCAAAGAGACUUUGGUGUCCUGGCAGAACAAACACUACCUCGUGAUCUUUGUGAAUGGGUAGGAGGAGAUGAGCUACCUUUUCUACCAAACCUUUGCCAAUCUCCUUUUGCUGACAUGUGUAUUCAAGUUCAAGAUUAUCAUUUUUAUUGUCACAAGAUCUUUUUCUGUGGGAGGAGUGAUUACUUCAAAGUUUUAAUAACUGGCAACUUUAUAGAGACCCAGUGUGAAGAGACAAGCGACAUAACUGUUGUAACAUUGCAUGAUAUUUCCAUGGAAGUGUUUCUCAGGGUAUUGAUGUACAUUUAUAGGAAUAGUACAGAGUUGACGACAAGUAAUGUCUAUGAUGUCUUGUGUACAGCGGAUAUGUACCUUUUGCCUGGUCUUAAACGUCAGUGUGCCUCAUAUAUUGCACAGCAAUUAGAUAGGUCCAAUAUAUUUUUCAUCCUGCGGAUAGCUCGUCUCUUUAAGCUUCCCAGACUAGAGGAUCAAUGUGCAGAGUUUAUGUCUAAACACUUAGAGGAGAUUGUGGAUGUACCAGAAUUUAAUGCCUUAGUAAAGGAAGAUGCACUAGAAGUGAAAGAAAGACAGGAUACUGACAGUAUUGCUAUUAUUGAUGACAUUCGAUACCACAUCACUAGCAAUGUUCAGACCUUUUCAGAAAUGGAGGAGGCCAAUGAUAAACUUGCUCUCAUUGACAACCUUUUGGAAAACUUAGGACUUGAAGGUUAAUUUUGUAGUUAUAUUUGUGUAAUUUUUAUGCAAAUUAUGAAAUUAUUAUACAGCCUUUAACAGGCUUCCUCUUUCAUUAUAAUUGUACAAAAUGUACAUUGAAAAGGUGUUUGUGGUGUUUUUUAAGUGGUACAGCUAUUCAUGCUUUUUUUUCUGUAAAAUUAAAAAAAGCUGGAUUUCAUUUGUAACCAUUACUUUUGUUGGUAUGAAGGUAGGGAUAUGAUGUUCUUAUCAGAGAAUAUAAGCCAUUGUAUAUCUGUAUAUCCUUGUUAAACAGUUAUAUACUCAUGAACAGUAUUGGCAGAUUUAUCAGAAGCAAACAUCUUAGAAAUUUUAAAUAUUAAACUCUCAUGUUUCAAAGUCUAAUAUGCUUCUUGUAUGUUCAAAAAUUUGGAAUUUUAAAUAUACUGUAUUUUAUUAACCACAUAUAAUUAUUAGCUUUAAAAAUUAUACCUUAAUAAUAUAAUAAAAUAUUUUCGUUAUAUUGUACCUGUCAACAAUAUUUUUUAUGAUAGUACUUUGAAGCAUAUAAUUAGUUCACUGGUAUUUCAUGUGAAAGAUCCUAUUUUUUAUAUCUGCUUUAAGGUAUAAAAGGAAGUGAACAUCAGUAAAUUAAAUACUGCUUGUACUUUCCAAAUUACACCUAGUACCCCUAACUAAAAUUAUGGGUGUACAGGAAAGUAAUGUUAACAAAACUGUAAGAUUUUGCUAAAAAAAUAUCCUUGAAAUGUUAACUUCAUUUUGAAAAGAAGAUGGGUUUACCAAUUUGUUUUUCGUAAAUCCUCCUUAUAUGUAUAACACACAAAUUCAGUAACUGAUUGUUUUGGUUGUCAUGGCAAUUAAUCUAUGUCUUAAUGUAAGUUGUAUAUCUUAAUUCAGAUAAAGAAUCUCCAUUUUUUUGCACCUAGUAA